AUCGAAAAUGCUAGACUUGUCCAAUAGCUAUACUUACUAUUCAUUAAUGAGACAAAAUCACUACCAUCUUUAAAAACCAGCAAAUACCUCCAAAAACAACAAAAAGAAGAAGAAAGUAAAAAAGGCAAAGAUGGAGAAAAUAGAGCAUACCACAGUUCAAACCAACGGCAUAAACUUACACGUGGCAUCCAUCGGAACCGGUCCAGCAGUUCUCUUCCUCCACGGCUUCCCGGAGCUAUGGUACUCGUGGCGCCACCAGAUGAUUUCUCUGUCAUCGCUCGGCUACAGAGCCAUCGCCCCUGAUCUCCGUGGCUACGGUGACAGUGACGCGCCGCCGUCCGCGGAGUCGUACUCUUCCUUCCACAUCGUCGGAGACCUUGUGGGAUUGAUUGAUAAAAUGGGUAUUGAUAAGGUUUUCUUGGUGGGCCAUGAUUGGGGAGCUGUGAUCGCUUGGCACUUCUGUUUGUUUAGGCCUGAUAGAGUCAAAGCCUUGGUCAACAUGAGCGUCCCCUUCCGUCCUCGCCACCCAAUCAUUAAACCCGUCGAAGGUCUCAGAGCUUUGUUCGGCGAUGAUUACUAUAUUUGCAGGUUCCAGGAACCGGGUGAGGCGGAAGAAGACUUUGCAGGUGAUGACAUAGCAAAUAUCCUAAAGAAAUUUUAUGGUGGUAGGAAUCCAAGUCCACCAUGUGUGCCUAGAGAAAUAGGAUUCAAAGGCCUUAAAGCUCCAGAAUUACCCUUUUGGCUCUCACAACAGGACCUUGAUUAUUUUGUUGAAAAGUUCAAACAAAAGGGCUUCACUGGAGGAUUGAAUUAUUAUCGAGCUUUAAACUUGACUUGGGAGCUGACAGCAGCAUGGAGUGGAGUACAAGUGAAAGUACCAACCAAGUUCAUAGUUGGAGACUUGGACAUAACUUAUCACUUCCCUGGUGCCAAAGAAUACAUUAAUGGAGAUGGGUUUAAGAAAGAUGUUCCAUUUUUGCAAGAUGUGGUUGUAAUGGAAGGAGUGGCUCAUUUUAUCAACCAAGAGAAGCCAGAGGAAGUUACCACUCAUAUUUAUGACUUCAUUAAGAAGUUUUGAUUUGAUACCUGCUCAUUUUCACCUUCUACUACCCCACCACCCUUAUUUAUGAUUUUUUCUUUGAUCCACUUUAUGGUUUUAUGUGUUUUCUUGCUUGUAUUGUUGGUACUCUCUACUCUGUUUUCAACUCUUGAAUUAAAUAAAAACAUGUUCCUUAUUAUUA